AUGGAGUUUAGCACAAUGCGCUGCUGCAUGCUGCUUGUCUCCUUGGCUCUGCUCCCGCUGGGCAUGGCCGCGGACUCCAUCGGCAGCUACUGCUCGGGAAGCAGCUACGCUGGCAGCAACAAGGCCGUGACCAACAUCAACUCCGUCCUCGCCGACCUCGUCGCCACGGCUUCCACCGGAGGCGGCUACGCCACGUCCACCGCCGGCAAGGGCAACAACAUCAUCUACGGCCUCGCGCAAUGCCGCGGCGACGUCUCCGACAGCGACUGCGCGGCCUGCCUUGCCGACGCCGCCAAACAGCUCCCCAGCACUUGCAGCUACAGUUCCGACGCGAGAAUAUGGUACGACUACUGCUUCAUGCGGUACGAGAACGGCAACUUCUUGGGGCAGGCGGACACGGACGCGGGCGUGAUCUUGGUGAACGUGCAGGCCAUGGACAACCCGAAGGCGUUCGAGAAGGCGGUGGGGAAGGUGAUCGGCAAGGCCACGGCGCAGGCGUCGGCGGCGGGCAGCGCGGGGCUCGGGCGGGACAAGGAGCAGUACACGCCGUUCGUGUCCAUCUACGGGCUGGCGCAGUGCACGCGGGACCUCGCGCCGCUGACGUGCGCGCAGUGCCUGGCCACGGCGGUGUCCAGGUUCGGCGACUACUGCGGCGCGCAGCAGGGGUGCCAGAUCAACUACAGCAGCUGCAGGGUGCGCUACGAGAUCUACCCCUUCUACUUCCCGCUCGCCGGCAACUCCCCCGGCGGCCGCGCCACCACCGACAUGACGAAGAACACCAAGAUCGUCGUGCAUCCUUUAUAG